CUACUGAACCAUCAUCGACGGUGGGUGUUCAACCGGCAUAUACGCGAUAAGCAAGUAGUGACCGGCUGUGAUAGUGCAGAUACAAUUAGAGAACCCAUCUUCGCUGAUAAAGAAAUGGGUGCUGGACCAAGUAAAGGUUGUGGCGGAGGUGGUGGAGGUGCCGGAUUAGCCAUUGGUGCUGCCAUUGCAAACGCUGCAAUGCGGGAAGCAAAUCGACCAGACCCGGAGGAAAUGCGGCGCAAUCCGGAGAGAGCAUUCUUUCAGCAUAUGGCGUUUGGCGGAGACCCGGUAGACCUGAUGAUGAAUCUAGCCCAAGCCGCGAGGGCAAACCAGGGCGAGCAAUCUUCUAGUGGUAGCACUACCGGGGGCGGUACUUCCGGCAACUCCGGUCAAUCAAACACCGGCAGUUCCAACAACCGAACAGCGGCUCGCUCCCGCCAGAACAGUCCAGCUGUCCAGCGCAGAACUCGUCGCCGAUCGCGUCACGAGCCGGAUCCCUCGUCGGAAACCAACGAAGACGUGCAGGACAUCCGGGACGUUGCGUAUCACUUUGUGCGGCGUCUGACGAGGUUCGUCCGGCUCGGCGGUAUCGGCCAGUACGUCACCGAUCAAACGGGCAUCCAGCGGGCCAACGUGUUCUACGAAGGGUGCAGCGAGCAUCAGGACCGCCGCUGUAGCGUUCCGGGACACCAUGCGGCGCACGUGGUUCGAGUGAGAAUCAACGGGGACGUGGAGAUUGAGUUUCCGGAGAUUUUCGAACCGCUGCGUACCUUCGUUGGUCACACGCACUUUGUGCCGCAGUACGCGAACGUGUGGCGGGGACUUGGCGGAGAAAUCGACCGAAUUCAGGAGAGGUUUUUGCAAGAAAUUAGCACCGUCGAUUUUAGGGGUGAACUUACGUCACGCGUCGAAGACAUUCUGCGUCGGUUGAAACAGGCGUUUUUGGAUGCGCUGGGAAGUGCUGUUAGGAGCGGGCGUUACAAUGCGCAACAAGUGCGCGAUCUGAACGAGGUUAUUGAGGCGAUUCGGGAGAUCACCAUUCGCGAGUUGUUUGAAAAGGGACGCGACGGGUUGAACUACAUACUGUUGAACAUGUAAUCGUGCAAACUGGUCCAGAAAAUGGAUAUUAUUUCAACAUCCAAUUUGUUUUUAAAAGUCAUUUUUGGCUAUUUAAAUUAGAUUUCAUUUGGAUUGUAAGAUAAAAUUUAUU